AUGGAGGCCUACGCUGAGCUUUUAGCGACAGAGAGGUACGGCAGUGGCGAGCCGUGGCAGUAUGUUGCAAAGGAUGGAAGCAUGGAGAGGAGAAGGGAUAGCAGAGAAGCUGAAUCGAGGGGGAACACAUUCAUUACUGUUUUUAAAAGCGUUUUCCUGCCACAAGGCUAUCCGGACAGUGUGAGUGGAGACUACUUGCAGUAUCAGUUUUGGGAUACUCUGCAGGCCUUCUCCAGCUCUCUAUCAGGAACACUUGCCACGCAGGCAUCACUCAAGGGUGUUGGCGUGGGAAACCAGGAAGCCACGGUUGCUGCGGCCACAGUCACUUGGCUGCUAAGAGAUGGAACCAGCAUGUUGGGGAGGAUCGUGUUCGCCUGGCUUAAAGGGAACAAGCUGGACUCUGAGGCCAAAAAAUGGAGGCUUUUUGCCGACAUUCUGAACGAUAUCGCCAUGUUCAUGGAAAUACUUGCCCCAUUCUACCCUGCCUGCUUCACCUUGAUUGUGUGCACGUCAGGGAUAUUCAAGUCUGUGGUGGGCGUGGCAGGAGGAGCCACCAGAGCCGCUUUAACAGUCCAUCAAGCUCGCAGAGACAACAUGGCUGACAUCUCUGCCAAAGAUGGCAGUCAGGAGACUUUGGUGAAUCUGGCUGGACUUCUGGUUAGUUUGAUCCUUAUUCCGCUUGUCACUGACAACCCAGCACUGACCCUCACCCUGUUCUUCCUCUUCACCGCCCUCCACCUUUUCGCCAACUUCAAGGCAGUGCGUUCGGUGGUCAUGGAAACGCUGAACGAAGCGCGGCUCGCUAUCCUGCUACGCCACUUUCUGCGUGAUGGACAUGUCCUUACACCACUGGAAGCCAAUCGGGAGGAACCAGUAUUUUUGGAGUUUAGGAAAACAUUGCCCAUCAAACUUGGUGUGAGGCUUCAGGAAGUUGUCCAAAGACCAGAGGAGUUACGGUUGGCAAUGAGAAAGGAUGCACCCUUCUUACUGGGCGUCACAAAUGGUUGCGUAAGAGUAUGUUUGGCAAGUCACGCGCACACGCGAGAUGAAAUUAAAGCGAUGUGUCAAGCCAUUUGGCUAAGUGAUAUGUUGAAUCCUUCAAGACAGCAUCAUGGUUUAAAGGAAAUGCUGCAAAAAAGUUACAAGCUGAUGGAUGUUGAGUUUGAUCGAUUUCUUAAAGGUGUGGAAGCAGCAGGAUGGGAUGCGACGAGAACACUGCUGGACUGGGAUGAGUGGAGGCUUGAGUGGAAUCCAAAAAUCAGAUGA